AUGGCCCAGUUCGUGCCGCGCAGUGUCUUUCCCCAUUAUGGGGCUAUCCCCAGGUCCUAUUUCUUAGGACAUCAUCGGGCUGGUCUGACCAAGAUGAAGAACAUGCUGGCAAGCAUUGACUAUGUUGUCGAAUGUCGUGAUUACCGGGCCCCGGUCACCUCAAUAAACCCAAUGUUCGAGGAAGCUUUGGGCAAGAUGAGGCGACUAGUUGUUUAUACUAAGAGAGAUCUGGGCGGGAUUCCCAAAUCAUCUGCUCAGAAACAAACAGAGCGAAAGCUGCAAAGUUUCGAUCCAAAGAGCGCCGUCUUCUUCACAAGCUCAUCCUCCCGCCAGGAUGUCAGCCAGAUCAUCAAACACCUCCGAAACGAUGCCGAAGCUCCCGAUAAGCUUGUCAGCUGUCGAUUAUUGGUUGUCGGAAUGCCCAAUGUCGGCAAAUCCACUCUGAUCAACAACCUACGCAACGCAGGCGUCGGCAAAGCUAAGGCACUGAAGACUGGACAGCAGCCUGGUAUCACACGCAAGAUAGCAACCCAGGUCAAAAUCAUUGAACGUGAGAGCGGAUCUCAUGUCUACGUCCUUGACACACCGGGAGUCUUCAUGCCGUAUGUCCCCGAGGCAGAAAGUAUGCUGAAGUUGGCACUCUGUGGCUGUGUCAAGGAUAACGUCAUAUCGCCAGUCACACUUGUGGACUAUCUACUGUAUCAUAUCAACUUGCAUGACCCGCAGGUUUAUAAACGUUGGUCAGAGCCGACCAACGAAGUCGUUCCUUUACUUGAAAGCUUUGCGCGCCAGACUGGUCUGCUUAGCAAGGGAGGUGUGCCAAAUAUGGACGGAGCAGCCAUCCAUUUCAUUCAAAAAUGGAGGCAAGGAGAUCUAGGUCGAUUCUUGGUGGAUGACCUAGAGGCGGAGGAACGACGACGGGAAGAUCCUGAGCAGGUAUCGCGCUUGAGCAUGACACAGGCCUUGAAGGUCGAACGGGUGACUCGAAAGAAUAAACCCGAUGUAACUAGUAGUCUGUAA